GCCGCUCGGUGCCGCCGCCGGUCGCUCCGCCAUGUCGCCGGUGCGGGCGGUGCUGGCGCUGCUGGCCGCGCUGGCGGCCCCGGCCGCCGCCUAUUUCGUCAGCAUCGACGCGCACGCCGAGGAGUGCUUCCUAGAGCGCGUGCCGUCCGGCACCAAGAUGGGGCUCAUCUUCGAGGUGGCUGAGGGCGGCUUCCUGGACAUCGACGUGGAGAUUACAGGCCCUGAUAAUAAAGGGAUUUAUAAAGGCGAUCGAGAGUCCAGUGGAAAAUACACCUUUGCUGCCCACAUGGAUGGAACUUACAAGUUUUGCUUUAGCAACAGGAUGUCCACCAUGACUCCCAAGAUAGUGAUGUUCACUAUCGAUAUCGGGGAAGCUCCCAAGGGGCAAGACAUGGAGACAGAAGCUCAUCAGAACAAGCUAGAAGAGAUGAUUAACGAGUUAGCAGUGGCCAUGACGGCUGUGAAGCACGAGCAGGAGUACAUGGAAGUCCGUGAAAGGAUACACAGAGCAAUUAAUGACAACACAAACAGCAGAGUGGUUCUUUGGUCAUUCUUUGAAGCCCUUGUACUAGUUGCCAUGACACUGGGACAAAUCUACUACCUGAAGAGGUUUUUUGAAGUCCGAAGGGUGGUGUAAGAUCCUUCUGUGGUCUCAGAUUUCAGUUCACUCUCUACCAAACAUCCUGGUC